UGUGUUGUUCGGUUCUAGGCAAAGAGAGAUGCUAAGUGCAAUGCUCUAGGCAAAUAACCCAAGCUGCUUGCUUUGCUAUGGACCCAGAAGAUGAUUCCUUAGCCGUCUGAUCUUCUGACAAAUUAACUACACGUGAUUGAUGACAGAUCCCACUAUCUCAUAAAUACCCCCAACCCAUCGUCCUUACCCCACUCUCUUUUUUCUUGAUUUUGUUUUCACUCCCCAUCUUCAUCACUCCACUGCCCUUAAUAGCCCCCCCUCUCUCUCUAAAUUUGAUGGGUUUCAUUCGAAUCGUUGAGAGAGUUUGUUCUGAAAAUUCAAUGGCGUUGCUGAUUCUUCUUCUCUUAGCAGUCUCUAUUGUUUCUGCAGAUGAAGAUGCAUUUGUUGGCGUGAACAUUGGAACAGACCUGUCAGACAUGCCACACCCAACUCAAGUAGUAGCCCUCCUUAAAGCCCAGCAAAUACGACAUGUCCGGCUAUACAAUGCUGACCGUGGCAUGCUUCUUGCACUUGCCAAUACGGGCAUUAAAGUUGCUGUCUCUGUCCCCAACGAACAGCUCUUGGGCAUUGGUCAAUCAAAUUCUACUGCCGCUAAUUGGGUCUCCCAGAAUAUUGUAGCACAUUACCCAGCUACUAACAUCACUACCAUUUGUGUUGGCUCGGAGGUUCUAACCACCCUCCCUAAUGCAGCGUCUAUCCUCGUCAAUGCCCUCAAGUUCAUUCAUUCAGCGCUCGUGGCAUCCAAUCUUGACAGGCAAGUCAAAGUUUCAACACCCAUUUCUUCUUCCAUUAUCCUUGACUCAUUCCCACCAUCACAAGCCUUCUUUAACCACUCUUGGAAUCCAGUUUUAGUCCCCAUGCUUAAAUUCUUGCAGUCAACAGGCUCGUAUUUUAUGCUAAAUAUAUAUCCUUAUUAUGAUUACAUGCAAUCUAAUGGCGUUAUUCCAUUAGAUUAUGCACUCUUCCGACCACUUCCCUCAAACAAAGAAGCCGUUGAUGCUAAUACUCUCCUUCACUACUCCAAUGUCUUUGACGCUAUGACUGAUGCAGCUUACUUUGCAAUGGCUUAUCUUAAUUUCACUAACAUUCCUGUACUAGUAACUGAGUCAGGGUGGCCAUCAAAAGGUGAUGCUAAUGAGCCAGAUGCCACUUUAGAUAAUGCCAACACCUACAACAGCAAUUUGAUAAAGCAUGUCCUCAAUAAAACUGGGACGCCUAAACACCCCGGAAUCACUGUUAGCACUUAUAUUUAUGAGCUCUAUAACGAGGAUUUGAAGCCUGGGCCUGUGUCAGAAAAGAACUGGGGACUGUUUGAUGCAAAUGGGGUGCCCAUUUACAUUCUACACUUGACUGGCUCAGGGUUAAUGCUGGCAAAUGAUACUACAAACCAGACUUACUGUGCUGCAAGGGAAGGUGCUGAUCAAAAAAUGCUGCAGGCUGCUUUAGAUUGGGCUUGUGGACCUGGCAAGGUGGAUUGUUCGCCUUUGUUGCAGGGGCAACCAUGCUAUGAACCGGACAGUGUGGCUGCACAUGCAACUUAUGCUUUUGACUCUUACUAUCACAAGAUGGGGAAGGCUUCAGGGACUUGCGACUUCAAUGGCGUGGCUGCAAUUACUACCACAGAUCCAAGCCAUGGUUCUUGUGUAUUUCAAGGGAGUGGUGGCAAGAAUGCAACAUUUCUAAACAGCACAGCCCCGGCUUUGAAUUCCACCGCCUCAGGCUCUCCUGCCCACUACCUUUCCGGUGGUGCUUUUACAAGUGCUGUAAUUAUAAUCAAAGUUCUAGCAUGGAGUGCAGUUUUCUUAUAGAUUGGCAUGUUUUAGAAUCAUUCCGGCCAACUGGUGCUACCCGGCAGUUUUUCCCCCAUUCCUUGCAGAACUGCAAAUCAUCCAAUUUUGUUAUUCCACAGAAAAUAUAUGAAGUGGGGGGGUGGGAAGGUUGGUUGUAAGUGAUCUUUUGGGUAGCAACCUGGUAGUUUUGGGAAGCAGUCCAAUUAGUUUUGUACAAAGCAAGUUGAAGUGCCUGGAUUGCAAGGCUUUGACUGAUUUAUUAUUCUUUUUAAGUUAUAUCUAUAUGAUUUUUUUUUGCCUUAA